GCCAUCUACUUCCGUAAAAUUUGGCAACACGUUGAGCACAAUCAAAACGUCAGGAGCAGAAUGAAUGCUCGAGGCGUGUAUGCUCCACAUACUUGGAUGAAUAUGUAUGGAAUGUGUUUAUUCUCUACUUAGGUGUGCCAACUGAGUGGAGCAAGGUUAUUGAGCCGGUGGACUACAGGACCACCAUGAUGUCCCAACUCUGUUCUUGGAAACAACCAUGGGAAAUGCCCUACUGAUCCUAAUGUGAUAAUUUGACUACAUAAUGAUGUGUGACUCUGUGAUAACCUUGAACGUCGGGGGCGUCCUCUACACCACGACUAAAUCAACCCUCAGUAAAUACCCCGACUCCAUGCUGGGUGCCAUGAUCAGUGGAAAGUUCCCAAUGACACAAGACCAGAAUGGACACUUGUUUAUUGACAGAGAUGGGCAGAUAUUUCGACAUAUAUUAAAUUUUUUACGAUCUACACGACUAGCAUUACCUACCCAAUUUACUGAUUAUGAUCUGCUUCUAGUUGAGGCUGAUUUUUAUCAGAUAAGUCCAUUGAUUGAUGCAAUAAACCAUGCUCUUGAAGACAAAUCUGAGAAACUGGAGUCACACUAUUUAGAAAUAAUUGAAAUGAGGACUGGACUAUCUGCCACCAUGCCAACAAACAAUUCUCGCAUUAAAACAGUGUUGUCUGGACGUAAGGAUGUUAUUCUCACUCUUCCCGAGCAGCUGAUUGGUGAGGAGGCGAAAGAAAAGUUGCGAGAAAAAAAUGGAAAUGAAUUUAUCGAAGUUGAACUAAAUUCGUCUAGUGUGAGGUUAAGGUUUUGUGAGGUGCUGAAAAACCGAGGCUGGGUGUUGAUUAACUCUGAUCUGUCCUCUUCCUCGGGAAUUUCUAGCUCAGUGCAGGGCAAGCUUCAUCAUGAACACAGUUACAGAGAUCGAUGGCGGAUAGAUGUGCCGCAGAGGACUUUAACCCCCACGGUCAGUAAUGGGGACAUGAUUGAAGAUCUGGAGAACUGACCUCACCCUCAAGUGCACUUGUUUUAAGAUUUAUAAAUAUGAAUAAAGUUUAUUACAGUUUUCA